UUCACAACCCUGUCCCUGGUGGAUGAGAUGACCCUGAGAGACUGUGGCAGCUGUGGCAUGAUGCGACAAAAUCAGCUCCAUAACUUUCCCUUCACAGCCCCCCAGACCUUCAAGAGGACACCCAGAAGAGGUGCUGAGCAUCUGGUUGAGGGAGAGAGGCUGAUUAUAAGUUGGAAUGACAACAGCGUGGUCACUGUGGUGUCGAACAUGGAGAGGAAGUUCACCGAAACUGAGGCAAAGAGAUGGAACAAACAAAAGCGGAGCAUGGACAAGGUCAGACAGCCCAAGUGUAUCCAAGACUACAGCACACAAAGGGGAGGAGUGGACCUGCAUGACCAGUGUGUCAGCCGCUACAGAGUCAACAUCCGGUCCAAGAAGUGGUGGUGGCCAUGCUUCAGCUGGGCCCUGAGCAGUGCCAUUGGUAAACAGCUGGUGCUAUUACAGUCAUUUAGGUCCUGGAAAAGUGGGGAGAAGGAUCUCCUCUCCUUCCAGAGGCUGCUAGCCCAGACCCUCCUCCUGCAUUAUGGAACAAAGCCAAGUAGGCAGGGCAGAAGAUCUUUGAUGGCGGUGGCGAUAACUGAUGCCACCAGGUUCAAUAAUCUCAACCACUGGCCCUGCAACACUGGUAGCAGGUACAAGAGAUGCAAGAAAUGUGACAGACGCACAUCAUUUGCAUGUGAAAAGUGUGAUGUGCCACUACAUGUGGAGUGUUUCAAGAAGUGCCGUACUGCGUAGAACAUGCAUGAAAGAUAACAGAAUGUAUGGGAAUAAAUAAGUUUAAAGAAGUUC